AUGAGCUUCAAUACAAUUCAACCGACAUUGUCGUUAUACUCAAUUUGUCGUCUUAUAUUCUGUAAAUCAACACCAAGUAAACCGCUGAGCAAUUUUGAAGUGAAGACUCUCUUCCAAAAACCAUCUCGUUGGAUUUAUGAAAUAUCGAGUCUUGCUUGUUCUGAAGGAAAAAGACAAUAG